AUGGCUGAGAAGAGCUCAUGGUGGAGGUCCCUCACCGUGAGGAAGAAGGCGAACGCGACUUCCAGAGACUCGGAGGCGGUCCACCACCAGGAGUGCGGCCAGGAGGCGCCUCCCGCCGGGCCGGAGAAACCUGCGGCCCCCUCCGGCCCGAAACCCCCCGCAGACUCCAAGGAGAACAAGAUGAGCAAGUACCUGAGGGAUGAGUACGAAGACUCGUACAUGGAACCCGUGUUCAACGAGAAAACCUGCCGCCGUAACCUGAGAAUUUCCCGAUCGGGCCGUUUUAAGGAGAAAAGGCGCAUCAGAGCCACGCUGCCCGAGAACAACAACUUCUACGAGGGAAACCACGUGGCGAAUAAGGAGGGAUUCCGCUGA